AUUUUAAGACCCGAAUUUGAGCAACCUGAACUGCAUUUUUGGAAGGUCAGUUGGACGUGUUCCCUCCAUCGUUAACCAUGCUCCUGCUCGUGUUGCUGCUGUCGUCCGCCGCGGGCGGCCAGGCCCAGCGCAUCCCCGGCCAACUGAAGGACGGGUCGUGCGCAUGUCCGGUCAACUCCAGCAUGUGGUCGUUUCCUGCGCUCCGGUACGAAGCUGUGCUUCAGCAGGUGGAGAAAUGUGAGGACAGCUGGCGCAACUUACAAACACAGGUCGUGGACACCGGAGAGCACCUCCCCCGGAUGCAGGCUCUGUUUCAAAACCUGACGGCCCGCCUGGUUCCCUACCAGUACCUGAACGACAAAGGCCUGUACUCGCGCCUGGCUCUGGUCCGGCUGAGCCAGGAGCUGCAGCAGGUGCAGGCGGACAUCACCUCCGUCCACAACGAGAGACAGAGCACCCAGACACGGAAGCUUUUGAAGGAGGUGGCUAAGCUGCAGAAAGACGCCGAAAAGAUGCACAUGUCACAAAGUGUCAACAUGCGGUCAGUCAAAAUAAAACUGCGUUAUCUGAAGAACGGCGUGGAGUCCUGCAGGUCAAUCCCGAAAGACUUUAGAGGUCCGCACAGCCACUGCUUCAAGGGCGUGAUGAGCAAGAUCAGCAAACCCGAAGUGACCAAGAUCAGCCCCUACGGCAAGAGCUACCUCUCGGGCUCCUGGGGCAAACAGGCCAAGCAGAACAGCCCAGGGGACGGAGACAGCUACUGGGUCAUGCCUCUGACCCAAAGCGGUGCGUGGGGCAACACGCUCCGCCUCUACUCUUCCUACGAGGACUUCAUGGCCUCCGCCGGAAACCGAGAUUUUAGCUUCGCCUCGUCUUACAGCCACUCAAACGCCAACGAGGGGCCCAGCGCCGUCCUGUACGACGACGCGUUUUUCUACCACUGCCGCCAGUCCAUCGACAUCUGCCGCUACAACCUGACGGACAAGUCGGUGACGCGGGUCCCGCUGCCGGGCAACGGCGUGGGCUACAACAACAAGUUCCCCUACUGCUACUACGACUGCCGCGCCUACAGCGACGUGGACCUGGAGGCGGAUGAGACGGGGCUGUGGGUCAUCUACGCCACGCUGGGUAACCACGGCAACCUGGCGGUGAGCCGCCUGAGCUGGGAGGGCGGGGCGCUCAACGUCACGAACACGUGGGAGACGCAGCUGUUCAAGAAGGCGGUGAGCAACGCCUUCAUGGCGUGCGGCGUGCUGUACGCCACGCGCUACGUGGACGACUACUACGACGAGGUGUUCUACGCCUUCGACACGGCCACCGGCAGGGAGGACAACUCGCUGGCGCUGCGGCUGGAGAAGGUGGCCAAAGGAGUGGCCAGCUUGAGUUACAACCCCACCGACCGGCGGAUCUACAUGUACAACGAUGGGUACCUGCUGGCCUACAAGGCCGAGUUCUGAGCCCCGGCGUGUCUCCGCUUGGCUGAUUUAUUGAUUUAUAUGUCUGCUUGAUUGAUUUGAUUGAUAGAUUGAUUGAUUGAUCGACUAGGGGCGUCCGGGUAGCGUGGCGGUCUAUUCCGUUGCCUGCCAACACGGGGAUCGACGGUUCGAAUCCCCGUGUUACCUCCGGCUCGGUCGGGCGUCCCUACAGACACAAUCGGCCGUGUCUGCGGGUGGGAAGCCGGGUGUGGGUAUGUGUCCUGGUCACUGCGCUAGCGCCUCCUCUGGUCGCUCGGGGCGCCUGUUCGGGGGGGGGGGAAUAGCGUGAUCCUCCCACGCGCUACGGCCCCCCUGGUGAAACUCCUCACUGUCAGGUGAAAAGAAGCGGCUGGCGACUCCACAUGUACGGGAGGAGGCGUGUGGCAGUCUGCAGCCCUCCCCGGAUCAGCAGAGGGGGGUGGAGCAGCGACCGGGACGGCUCAGAAGAGUGGGGGUAAUUGGAUGGGUACAAUUUGACAAUUAGGGUGAAAAAAAGAAAAAGAUGGAUCGUCUAAGUGACAGGCUGACUGAUUGAUAAACAAUGUCAGUUUUUACAAUAACUUGUAUACAACUUCACAUAUAUACACACAUAUAUAUAUGUAUAUAUGUAUAGCCAUAUAGAUUUGUUGAAUUAUUUUGAAAUCCUUUGUUACAAAAUAUCAUAAAGAAGUACAAUAAUUAAAAUGUUUUCGAACAAAUAAAAAAAAAAGUAU